AUUUGAGAAUAAUUGUGCCCUUUUCAGCUGAGAAAACUUCCUGAGGUACAAAGUUUACCUCAGUAGUAAGGCAUUUCUUUUGGAACAAUAGUAUUAAUGAAAUUACAUUUUGUAUUUAUAUGAAAGGUUUGCAAAGACACUUGUUCUAAAAGUUGUCUGAAUCAAUUUAAUUGACAAGAGAUUACCAAAUCAGCAUAUAAGGAAGCUUCUGUGUAGCACAAGUAUGGUGAUAUCCAAAGCAAAGUUCCUCUGGAAUCCAUGUGCUGUUAUAAAAAGUAGAAAAGCAUGGUUCACUUUCAGUACUUUGUUACAAACUAAAUAAGGAAGCUUCAAAACUCUGAAAAAUAAAUCUAUAGUUGUUUAAGGAUUUUUUAAGGAUUAGGAUGAAAACUGUUCCUUUUCCUAAAUUGAGUAGGAGACUAUAAUAUAGUAUUUUGUAAUCUAGGCUCUGGAUGGACAAUGAAGAGUUUGUCAAGGAUAAUACUAAACACACUAUUUCAAACUGUAUCUUAGGAUAUUAUAGUUAAGUUUGAAUGUAGAGGUAAAAUUCUCAGCUUCAUCAUUAUUAAUUUGUUCCUCUUAUGGAGAUUUCAUAUACAUUUCACAUUCUCAGCAUGUAUUGGCUGAGGAGAAAGUUCCAGGGCUCCCCCUACUGGUCAUAUACAGCACUACAUGUGCUGAACCAAAUAAAACAUGAUGUACUUAAACCAAACUGCUGGUAAGAAACAUUGUUUAUAUAUAAAAAUAACUUUAAAAUCUGUGAAACAUCAAACAGUAAACAUUAAUCUGACUUCUAAUGACCAAGUUUCAAUCCCUAACACCAAGCAUGCUUGCAGCGAAAGUGAAGAGGAAAACUCCCUUUGAACAGGAAAAAACCUCCAACAGAACCAGGCCCAGUGUGAGAGGCCACCUGCUGAGGCCGACUGGGGUUCAAGGAGACAGAAGCAGAGAUACAGAAAGAAGCAAAGAAUGUUAAUUAGCUCCACAGGUAGGCCCGUACAGCCAGGCAGACGAGUUCCGAGGAAUUUGAUCUGUCAGAGGAGGAAAGAGAGCACAAAGAGUUAAGCAUGGUUUGUGCUCAGAAACCAGGUCGUCUGCUUGUGUGUCACAGUUAAUGUAGAUAUGCUCCCCACCCCUUACGCAGACACUCUGGUGCGACUCCCCAAAAUUGUAGAUGACCAGAGACAGUGCUGCAGAUAUGGUCACAGGGAGGAGAGAAAGGAUUGGUCAGUUCUACAUCCAUUAUAUAUAUAUAUAUAGAGAUAUAUAUAUAUCUAUAGAUAUAUAUAUGCAUAUAGAGCAGAAAUCACUCCUAAAAGUUCUGGUCCGGUUCCAGGUGGAUAAAGACGCCUUAGAUAUGCAAAUGCAAGAGAAGAAGAGACAAGAGGAAGCAGCCAAAGGAGAACAAAAUGCCUAUGAUGCUGCCAUGCAACAAUACAACAAAACUGCUUGCCUGAUCCAGAGAAGACAAGACAAGGAGAAGCGCAAGAUGGAGAAGGCAAUGGCCACCUUCUGGCACCAGAACCAGCAGCCUUCGAAUAGAUGUGGGUUUGAUUUGAACGACCCAGACGCUACAUCUCAGAUGGUUCUGGCCAACUUUGUAGGCGAGGACCCAGAGCAAAAGAACCGACAGCAGAGACAGAGGGAGCAGCUCAGAGCCUGGCUCAUCCAGCAGCAGGAGGAGCAGGAGGAGGACAGGCAGCAGCAAAAGCUUGAAGGUAGGGCAGCUGCUGUGCUUAAAGGACACAAUCCUGAGUUCACUGAUAGUUUAUGCUUCUGUCCUUCAUUCUGGACUUUAGAGCUGAACCAUGACCAGAGGAGAGUAGAAAUGGAUAAAGAAGCUCUAAAACUCCAGAACCUUGAGAUGGAGAAGAGAAAAGCAGACAGCAUUGCCAUUACAACCUACAACCUAGGCAAGCUUGAGGAAAAAGGUAAUGAGGAAAGGCAGCGGCGUGAUGAAGACUGUGUCCCAACCGCUGUGGGGGUACUUGGCCUUUGUCCCAGUGAUGACAGGAGACCUCAGCCUGAGACCCUGCAGCAGGUCACUCAGUUCCAGCAAGGCCAAAUCGAGGAGAAGAAGAGGUUAGAGUUGGAGAAGAAGCGAGAGGAGGACUUCUACAAUAAUAUCCGACUGGAUUCGGCCCGUAAAGCUCUGCUGAUGGAGUGGCAGCAAGCAAGGAUGAACAAGCAGCUGAGGAGACACCUGGACAGCUUUAAUGUUCAGCUGGCACAAACCCAAAAACAACGGCAGCCAGAUCUUAAAAGAGGAAACAUUGAAGACAGCUUCUUCUCCAAUUUCAACACCUGCAGCAGAUGAUGGGGAAUCACUGCCAGGAGAAAACCAACAGUUCUGCUGCAAGAGGAGCGAAAAAAAAUAAACGGAG